AUGGUCCCGGCGAGAAGUAAAGAUUUAUCAUCAUCUUGGUGUCCCAAACACACAAAUAGUUGCAACUCAAUAUGUGAUGCCCCUAUAAAAUUAGACCAAGGACUCUUGGCUAAUAGAUCAGCUACAAUAGCCUCCUUACUAAGAAACAACCCUUCGGAAAAUCUCUCUGCUUUCAUCAAAGAAAUACCAUUAGAACGCGAAGCCUUAGAACUCAUAGCAAGAUUUUGCCAAGGAUUGGAAGUCAAGAUGACAACUGACAACGUAAUCCCUCUCAUCUGCCUUUCUAACUACCUCGAGAUGACUGAAAAUCACAGCCCGAAUAACUUACUCCACAAUGCCAUCAUAUUCUUAGAAGAUGAAAUCAUUCCUAGUUGGGAUCAGACUAUAAAGUCUCUUCGAGCAUCAGGGUGUGCAUUCCAGCAGGCUGCAGACAAUGGUCUUUUGAAGCUCUGCAUUGAGGCUCUCACAGACUGUGCAUUAUCUGACCCUGCUCUCCUUGGACAACCCAUCAUGGUUGAGCGCGACAGCAGUAGCAGCAAACACUUGUAUUAUAAAAAUGCAACAAGGAGGAAGCUCUUUGCUGGUGCAGAGCAUUUAGAUACAUCAUCUGAAGAUCUAGCCUCAUUGCCGGUGAAAAUGUAUGAGCCAAUCAUCAAGGGGAUGAUACAAGGCCAGGUCCGACAAGAGAACAUCAUUGGAUCCCUACACCAGUACCUCAAGAAACAUGCAGCUGAUGUCGAAACCAUUGAAGCCAUUGAGAGACUAUUGCCAGCUAGUACUUUUACCUGUAAUAACAAAUAUCCUCUGUACCCUUACACCCUCCUGUUUGAGAUGUACACCUCUGCAGUCUUCCAUGGCGCGAGUGCAGAAUGCAUAGCUUCCUUAGAAAAUCGAAUUGGUAAGGAGCUAUACCGCUCCACAGCUGAGGAUCUCCUUAAACUAGACCUCGAUGUUGAGAGCCUAAGGCAGAUACUGAAGGCAUACUACGCCAAUUUCACUGAGGCUAACCCUGCAGGACUAGUUACAGUGGCAGAACUCAUGGAAAACUACUUAGUACAGGUAGCAAAAGAGAGGGAAACAGAUGUCAGGAGCUUCACAGAACUGGCACAGAUGGCAAGUUCGACAUCCAAUGUAGGGGACUACCGUUGCUCGGAUGGUAUAUACAAGGCAGUGGACCUUUACUUGGAUAUGCACAGAGAGUUAAUUGAAUCAGAAAAGGAGGAAAUAUGCAGGGUAUUGGAUUUUCAGAAGAUGUCAUCAGAGGCUUGUCAGCACGCGGCCUUAAAUCAAAAGUUGCCCUUAAGAGUGGUGGUGCAAGUAUUGUUUGUGUCGCAGUUGCAACUAAAAGAUAACAUCAGCAAAGCUGUUGUGGAGUACCCUAGCAUUAGUAGUGUAAAACACGGACAACAACGAGGAAGCGAAGAGAUUAGAGUAGUGGAGGAGGAUCAAGAGUUGGAUGAUGAAAAGGAAGAGAUUCAAGGGUGUCAUGAAAAGAAUUGUUGUGGGAAGAAGAGUAAGAAGAAGGUGGGUUUGUGGAAGGGAAUGAAGAGGAAGUUUGGUUGUAUGGGAAGUAAUGAUUAUGAAAUUUUACAUGAUUGUAGCUGCCAAACCACAAAGAAGAACAAAAAGGAGCACUCUUGAAGUAUUUUGUUUAGUUUAAUUAAAUACUGUAGUUUAACUGACUUUUUAGGCCUGUUUUUCAAUGAGUUUAAUGAAUGUUUGAAUGUAUUUGGAUAAUGCCAUUUUCAUGUAUUGAUUUUGUGAGUAGUAGCUUUAUUAAACUUUAUCAGUUUUUUUAUUUUCUCAUGUAUUUAUUUAUAAUAUUUCAUGAGUAGAUUAUUCUUUUUUUUUUUUUUUUGAAACAAGUAGUAUUUGAUUCAUAUAAGAAAAAACACAUUCAUAUUAGAU